CAUUGGAAACUCAAUGCCAAGCACAAACCUAAAAGGCUACAUUCCUCUUCAGUUGCCAGUUUCUUGAAGAUCUUUGAUCUUCAAUACUCCAUCCCGAAGAAAACACAAUCCUCUCUUGCACCCUUCUCCUCAGCGCAGCAGCCAUGGCCCCAGUAGCCGCUUCCGAACCGGCUAUCAACGUGCCGAAGAAUAAUGCGUAUGUCACAUUCCUUGCUGGGAAUGGGGACUACGUGAAAGGUGUGGUCGGCUUGGCGAAAGGACUGAGGAGGGCCAACUCAGCAUUCCCCCUUGUUGUGGCGAUCCUUCCAGAUGUACCGCAGGAGCACCGGGAGAUCCUCGAGUCGCAGGGCUGCAUUGUCCGGGAGAUCGAACCAGUCUACCCGCCCGAGAACCAGACCCAAUUCGCCAUGGCAUACUAUGUCAUUAACUACUCGAAGCUUCGCAUUUGGGAGUUUGUGGAGUAUUCCAAGAUGAUAUACUUGGACGGGGACAUUCAAGUCUUCGACAACAUCGACCACCUCUUCGACUCGCCUGAUGGGUACUUUUACGCAGUCAUGGACUGCUUCUGCGAGAAGACAUGGAGCGCCUCACCGCAGUACAAGAUCGGUUACUGCCAGCAGUGCCCCGAGAGAGUCAUGUGGCCUGAGGAGUUGGGGGCGCCGCCGCCACUGUACUUCAAUGCCGGCAUGUUCGUGUAUGAGCCGAAUCUACUGACAUACUAUGACCUGCUGGAGACCGUCCAGACCACCCCUCCGACGUCCUUUGCCGAGCAGGAUUUCUUGAACAUGUACUUCAGGGACGUAUACAAGCCAAUCCCUCCUGUCUACAACCUUGUCUUGGCCAUGCUAUGGCGUCAUCCUGAGAAUGUCAACCUUGAAGAAGUCAAAGUUGUUCACUACUGUGCUGCUGGAUCAAAGCCAUGGAGGUACACUGGGAAGGAAGAGAACAUGGACAGGGAAGAUAUCAAGAGCCUGGUGAAGAGAUGGUGGGACAUCUACGAGGAUGAGUCCCUGGACUUCGAUAAGCUUAUCGGCAACACUCCCAAUCCCACACCAAAAAGCACGGAAAAGCUCGGCAAUAACUUCGUAGCUUCUCUGCCGGACACUCCUCCUCAGAGGAAGGCGCCUUCCGCCGCAUAAACUUAUGAACACUCGAUCCCCGGUUGAUCAGUAGUAUACCAGGCUCUUAGGUCUGGUUGAGAGGGCAUCUUUUACGUACUUGCACGUACUUAAUUUCUUUUUUCCUCUUUUCGGUUUGUGGUUAGGGCCUGGGGCCUGAUGUUUGACUACUAUAGAAAAGGUUGUGUACUCACCAUAGUGGCAGAAAUGUCAUGUGUUAUGCGGACUACAGAAAUUAAACUUAAGUAAUGGAUUAUUAAUAAGACCAUAGUAGUCGUACCUUCUCUUCUAA